GCGGCGCGUCCCCGUUCCCCCUGCGACGGCGCCAUGGAGCGGCCGGCGCCCCUGGCCGUGCUGCCCUUCUCGGACCCCGCGCACGCGCUGAGCCUGCUGCGCGGCCUGAGCCAGCUCCGCGCCGAGCGCAAGUUCCUGGACGUGACGCUGGAGGCGGCGGGCGGGCGCGACUUCCCCGCGCACCGCGCCGUGCUGGCGGCCGCCAGCCCCUACUUCCGCGCCAUGUUCGCCGGGCAGCUGCGCGAGAGCCGCGCCGAGCGGGUGCGGCUGCACGGCGUGCCGCCCGACAUGCUGCAGCUGCUGCUCGACUUCAGCUACACGGGCCGCGUGGCGGUGAGCGGCGACAACGCCGAGCCGCUGCUGCGGGCCGCCGACCUGCUGCAGUUCCCGGCCGUGAAGGAGGCGUGCGGCGCCUUCCUGCAGCAGCAGCUCGACCUGGCCAACUGCCUGGACAUGCAGGACUUCGCCGAGGCCUUCAGCUGCGCGGGGCUGGCGAGCGCCGCGCAGCGCUUCAUCCUGCGCCACGUGGGCGAGCUGGGCCCCGAGCAGCUGGAGCGCCUGCCGCUGGCGCGCCUGCUGCGCUACCUGCGCGACGACGGGCUGUGCGUGCCCAAGGAGGAGGCCGCCUACCAGCUGGCGCUGCGCUGGGUGCGCGCCGACCCGCCGCGCCGCGCCGCGCACUGGCCGCAGCUGCUCGAGGCCGUGCGCCUGCCCUUCGUGCGCCGCUUCUACCUGCUGGCGCACGUCGAGGCCGAGCCGCUGGUGGCGCGCUGCCCGCCCUGCCUGCGCCUGCUGCGCGAGGCGCGCGACUUCCAGGCGGCGCGCUACGACCGCCACGACCGCGGGCCCUGCCCCCGCAUGCGCCCGCGCCCCUCCACGGGCCUGGCCGAGAUCCUCGUGCUCGUGGGCGGCUGCGACCAGGACUGCGACGAGCUGGUCACCGUCGACUGCUACAACCCGCAGACGGGCCAGUGGCGCUACCUGGCCGAGUUCCCCGACCACCUGGGCGGGGGCUACAGCAUCGUGGCGCUGGGCAACGACAUCUACGUGACAGGUGGGUCUGACGGCUCCCGGCUCUACGACUGCGUGUGGAGGUACAAUUCCAGCGUGAACGAGUGGACGGAGGUGGCGCCCAUGCUGAAGGCCCGUGAGUACCACAGCUCCUCCGUGCUCGAUGGGCUGCUGUACGUGGUGGCCGCGGACAGCACAGAGCGCUACGACCAUGCCACCGACUCCUGGGAGGCCCUGCAGCCCAUGACCUACCCCAUGGACAAUUGUUCCACCACCGCCUGCCGCGGCCGCCUCUACGCCAUUGGCUCGCUGGCCGGCAAGGAGACCAUGGUGAUGCAGUGCUACCACCCAGACACGGACCUGUGGUCGCUGGUGGACUGUGGCCCGCUCCCGCCCUGGUCCUUUGCCCCCAAGACCGUGACUCUGAACGGACUUAUGUACUUCAUCAGGGACGAUUCUGCGGAGGUGGACGUGUAUAAUCCCGCAAAGAAUGAAUGGGACAAGAUCCCAUCUAUGAAUCAGGUGCACGUGGGGGGCAGCCUGGCCGUCCUCGGAGGGAAGCUGUACGUCUCAGGUGGUUACGACAAUACGUUUGAACUCUCUGACGUGGUGGAGGCCUAUGACCCAGAGACUCGGGCGUGGAGCAUAGUGGGACGGCUCCCGGAGCCUACCUUCUGGCACGGCAGCGUCAGCAUCUUCCGCCAGUUCAUGCCCCAGAUGCCCUCUGGGGGGCGUGGCUUCGAGCUAGACGGUGGCAGCAGUGACAUGGAAGUGGCCCGGCCCCGGCGGCCGCAGAACCCUGAGGAGCUGCACUAGCCCCGGCCCGGCCCGGGGAGGGCCUCGGUGCAGAUAACACAGCACGUCUGGGGGGGGCGCGGUGAGCCCCUCCCUCGUGCACAAGGACAGGUCGGCUUCAUCAGCUGGAGUUGGACUCUCGGGCCGCCGAGUGAGCCUCAGGAUGCGACCCCCGGAGCGUUUCUGUGCAUUUAGUGCCUGACUCCCAGCUGCUGGGGCCAAAGCUGGCGGCCCCUCCCAUGGCCCACAGCGAGCGGCCUCCCUGCCAGCACAGGGCUCUGGCUCUAGCAGGUGACCCCUCCAUUGCCACUACCUGUGCCUGCUUGCAGGGGACAGGUCCCCCCAUGAGAGUCUGAGAGUGGUCCAGGCCUGCUUCCUCAGCCUGCGGGCUCUGCUGGCCCGGAGCACCCGGAGGCUGGCGGCCAGUGGCCGCAGUGGUGUCCCCAACUCCACAUCCAGUGCUGGACAUCCCAGGGACUGGCUCCCCGGAUGGAGGGGGUCUGCCUGCCUGGCUCCUCACGCCUGCUGGGACGUCACCCCAAAACUCGCCUCACAGGUGCCGGGCAGUGGGACUGGAUGGGAGUGUGGCCUCAAACGGGGCCCUGGGGGGCGUGGUGAGGAAGCCAUGAACGUGCGUUGAGGCAAGCGCUGGGUGCCCCCUCCCCCUGCCCCAUCGGUCGGUGUGGCCACCCGACUUGGAGGUCUCCAGGACUGUCGUCCCAGGUGGAUGCACGAGAGGACAAAGCCUGCAGGUGCAAGGCCGUGGCUCCUUCCUGGGAGGCCUUAGGAGUGUGUCGCUAACUUUGCAGAUGCCUUGGUCUCCCCUAGGCGCAAGGAAUCCUGCUGCUUCCGAAGGAAGCCCUGGGCGGGGUGGUCUGUGAUGAGCUGCAAGGCUUGAAAUGCAGUUUGGCCUCUCCUCGGAAGAAGGGAGGGGUGAGCAGGGAGGCAGCCUGAAACCCAGUCUCUGACAGUGCCGUUGCUGAAGGUCUCCGCAGGGCAGGGCGACUGCCGCCUGGGCGUCCCCGAGAGGGUGGUGGGAGGAGCUCCCGGGAAGCUAAGUGUUCCCUGUUUCCCCUGGGGAGUGAGUGGCCUGGUCCCCUCAGGGUCUCCCAGGUAUCCCACAGCUGGAUUUGUCUUUCUUCCAAAGAGGAGGAGGCUUCUGUGUCCCUUGUUAGACGGAAAGCAACAGUUUGUUGAGAUGCCUUCCACAGUGAAUUGCCAUUGGGAUAUGUUCUUAGCAGAAAAGUUCUACCACUGUUGGCUUCACAAACAUUUACCCAUUUUUGGCCAGAUGGCCUGGGUCGUUCUGGGGGAGGAAGUCUUGUGGCCUGAAGAGCUGGGGGCUGGGGCCCCCCGGCGUCCCCACCAUAUGCUGUCGCUGUCUGGUUAGACCUGUCGCAGGAGCAGCUCCGGUGCACAGCCAGCCCUUCCCGUCCCCUCGGCUGGCACUCCCCCGGUCACUCCCGCACACCCACCGUGCCAGGCACUGCCCAACAGCCAGCUGCGUGCCGGGCCUGUCUGGGGCUCCCCACACCAGCCGGGCCUGGCUGUGGGAUCCCUUGGGCCCUGGGGGCGGGGCCCCUCGGUCAGGGCUUGCCGCCCCUGUCCCCCAGGCGAUGGGCUGAUCUCCCUUCCUCAGGGCUGGUGAUGCCUCCUCCUGGCCCUGGUGCCUUCCCAGCAGGCUCAGCCCGCAGACGCUGGCCGUGCUCUUUGGUCUCUGUGGGUGAAAGCUGUCCUGCCGCGGUAGCUUGUCUCCCGUCGGCGGCAGGUGCAGGGCUGGCCGGCCCACACGGCACUGGCGCGCCCCAGGCGCUGAGCUCCGUGCUGGCAGCUGUGGCCUGCCCGCUCGGUGUGAGGACAGGCCAUGCAGACAGAAGCGACGAUGCCUGCUGACAGGUCACCUGCAGGGGACCCUCCCGAAGGAUGAAGCAGGCCUUGAUCUCGUGAGGAACGCUUCCCGAGGGCUGUUGCCAUGGGGGGCCCCUGUGGUAGCCUGAUGAGGCUGGAGGCUGCCGGAGCUCUCCCUACCUUCCUCCAGGGGGCCUGUGCUGUGUCAAGGUCAAGUGACUGACAGGGAGAGGUAUCGUGCAAUGCUUUUUUGUCGGGACAGGGCGCUGCAAACCCUUCAGGUUUCUUACAAAAUCAGCCUUUGUAGAUCGUACGGCAGGCGGGGGCCACUCUGGGGGCUGGCGCCUGCCCUGGCCUUCACCUGGCCUUCCCUGCAGACGCUCCCUCAUGGCCGGGGGCCCCGCGUCCUGGGUUCCUGCUCUUGGUGCCUCACCGUGACCGGCUGCCACACGACUGGCGGCUGUCAGAGGGCCGGUUCGGUGUGCACCAUGCGGGCCUCCCCCACCGGACCCGGUCCUCGGUCUGGAGCACCAGGGCUGGGGAGGGGAAGCAGCGGCGGGUUCCUGCAGACCCCAGCUGGGGGCCCACGGUCAGGGACGGCCCUUCCGGCCCUCCCCGCUUCCCCCGGCGGGGGGCUCUCAGCUGGGGAGUCCCCCUCCCCCACUUAGGGAUGUCUAUACACUGACCGGGGUCAGAGACGGGCCAGCUGGAGGUGGACUGUCGUGUUUGGAUGUACAGAACUGUUGAGUCUACAAGACAAAUUAAGUUAUGAAAAUUUAGUGACUCGUAUUUAAUGCUGAUUUGCUAUAAAGUAUUCUAUAUUUAUAUGAUUUCAGAGACUCUUAUGUACUAAGGGACACACCCUUUUCAGUGUCCAGCUGUCUAGUUCCAACCCCAGAGGGUGGGGCAGAUUUGCCUAUUUAUUUGUUCUGUGGGCCUAGGUGUCCAGAAUCCUGUUGAAGAUUUUAGGAUGCCUUCCAUGUAUACUUUCUGAAAUAAAACUAUUUCCUGUACA